CAAAUAUUCUGUGCAAAUGUUAUUUCGUUAAACUAUAAACUGUGAAAGUGAAUUUUUUACAUUUUUUUAAACUGUGUUGUGGCGAAUUGUUGACAUCUGCUAAUAGUCUUCUUAUGGUUGUGUAGAACAAAGAACAUUAAAAGUGGACGUUCGUUAUCACUAUCAUUGAGAUAAUUGAGUGUUACAAGUUUGUUGGGAGAUCCUUUUUAUCAAAACCCCGUUGUAAUUUUUCCCUAAUACUUUAUUAUUUAAAAAGUGGGUGGACGUGCGGGCUUUUGCUUUGUCGCUCCUUAAAAAGCGCCAUCUAGGAACAAUCGAUCGAACUUUAACGACAUUGCGGAUAGAAUCAUCGACCUGCGUUUUCGUUCCUUUUUGUGAACAAACCGGGGCGACAAGGUUCACUGUACGUUCGAAAGAUGUCGCCACUAGUUACGAAAAAUAUGACGUGCGGUGGAUGUUCGCAAGAAAUUGUGAAUAGACAAUACCUAACAUGUAAACAUUGCUCUAAAUACUAUGAUCUCCUGUGCGCAAAUGUUAGUGAAAAGCGAUUUCACAAUACUAUGACUGUGGAACAUAGAAACAAAUGGAAAUGUCAGGAAUGUGUAAGCAGGGAACCAAAGACUGAUAACACGAACACACCGAUCAAGCGUGAUCUACCGCUACAUUCUGACAGCAAGGAAUGCUCUUCGAAUGUGACAUUGCGAAGUCGUGUUGCCCCGAAAAAUCAGUCCCCUAUUCCCUCAUCGCCUCUGUCGCCUUCUCCACCAGCAAAACAAACCAUUGAGUCUGAAUUGGUCAAUGAACUGCGACUGUUCAGAGAGGAGAUGAAAGCUGAGUUGCGAGAAUUUAAAAUAGCCGUAACUGACUUGACCGCUGCUGUCAACAUUUGUAACAGGCGGGUCGACGAUCUCGCGGAGCGCCUGGAGAUCGUAGAGCGUUUCCAGCGGGAUGGAUCGGCCAUGGCCGCGUCUUCUCUUCAAAAUGCAAUAACUGAGCUCAAGCUGGAAUUGAACGAUCGCGAUCAAGAACUAUUGAGGAACGAUAUUGAGAUUGCUGGAAUUCCUGAACAAAACCAUGAAAGGUACAUUCACCUCGCGCUGACCGUUGCAACUAAACUAGGCGUAAAUCUGGAGGAACGAGACAUUGUAAGUGUGGAGCGAGCGGGGCCCGUGCGUCGCAUGGAAGAAGCCGGGUCGCGACCGCGCCCGCGCCCUAUCGUUGUGCGGCUCGCACGCCGAGCGCACCGUGACCAACUGCUGGAGGCCGCGCGCGUGCGCCGCGGGGCUACUACUGCAGGCCUAGGGGUCGAUUCUGACACGCAACGUUUCUACGUCAAUGAGAGGUUGACUCGCAUGAACCGGCAACUUUUCUAUAAAGCGCGUGGAGAAGCCUUACGCACUCAAUGGAAAUAUGUAUGGACACGAGAAGGGAAGAUUUUUGUACGCAAGGAACAUGGUUCACCGCGACAUCGAAUACGUACUGACGAUGAAUUAGUUAAAAUUUUUGGUCAAUGAUACAGUUGGUACAAUUC